GGCGGCCGGCGCUGCGGCGCAGGCGCAGUGCGGGCCGCGCUGUGCCGCCAUCCCGUCAGUGUCGGCGGGCAGCGGGGCCGAGCAUGUCGGAGAAAAAGCAGCCGGUGGACCUGGGGCUCCUGGAGGAAGACGACGAGUUCGAGGAGUUUCCGGCUGAAGAUUGGACUGGUUUAGACGAAGAUGAAGAUGCACAUGUCUGGGAAGACAAUUGGGAUGAUGACAACGUAGAAGAUGAUUUCUCCAAUCAGUUAAGAGCUGAAUUAGAAAAACACGGAUACAAGAUGGAAACUUCAUAGCUUUGGCUGAUACGGAGUGGUGUAACAUUGAACUUUGGAUAGACUAUAUUGAGAAAAGGUGGAAAAUGAGAAGACGCUUAGUUCAUUAUCUGCUUGGAUUUAUUAUUGUUUUGUAUGGAAAAUAAAGUUUUUAAACUUAGCCUGAGUCAUAUGUUCAGCCUCUGCUUGUCAGAGUUCACGGAUCCUCAUAGAUUCAGUGGCUGAUGUCACUGCAGCAGCUCCAGUGAUGGGGAAUCAAAUGCGCACAACCAGAGUGAGGAUUGGGGAACAUUUCUGUUGUAAGUGAUGUGGAGUGUAAAACAAAUAAAAUACUCAUGAAAGAAAAAACACUCCUGUAUUCUAAUUAAAAUGCAGCACAGGUAGGAAGGAUUUGGGGGAAGAGAUAAAGCUUAUUGUGCUUUAAGGCUUGGUCAUAAUGGCUUGUUUUUUAUCUUAGUAAUUUAACGUGGGUACCAGUUUGAUAGCCUUGGAAGAUAAAACCCACUCUGGAGUGCAUCUUACAACAGCAGAAGUCCAAAUUUGCCAAUUUUGUCCUGUCAUUUCUCAACUCUGUUAAAGAAGAGACCUCUCUGGAGGUGAGGAAAGUUCUGUUCUUGUGGUUAUUUAAUCCUGGGAAUCUCCGGUGAAAUUGCCUCCAAUUUGCCAGUUACAGCAGUUCAUCUGUAUCACACAAAUGCCUGCUGAGAACGGAAAUCAAACUUCCAACUCAUUUCAUGGAGGCCAACAAAUAGUUGCCAGAUAGAUAUGGGUGUAGUGACUGGAUUCGAUUACUCUCUGAACUAGAAAACAGAAGGUGGAAAUUACAAAACCUAUUACCAAUUCCACGAAUCCUCCCCGAAGGAGCUGUUAAAACUGGCGUACACAAAGACACGAGGAGAUAAGGCAAUCCUGGAAACGUAGGCCAUGAUUGCAAAUAAAAAAAUAUUUUUUUAUUAUCAGGAGACAAAUAUAACUGUGCACUCCUGGGAGUUAGCUGCUUAGCUGCAAAUUAGCUGCUUGCUGUAUUUCGUCGGUUCUUUGCAGAAGAGAGAAGACGGUUGUUUUUUAAAGUGAGCAUUCAGAAUAAAGGUGCUGGAUGAUGGACAU